CUCUCAGUCGCUGUCAGUCAGCGCUUGGUUCUGUGCCGGUUGGUUACCGUGGUGUAUAAAGCGUCGCCACAGGCCGUGUAUAGUAGUAAUGAGCUGCUGUUCCCGCCGCGUGUGGUGACUGUGAGGCAGCGUCUCCGCCUGUGCGCGGUGUGUGCUGGGAGUCCCUGCGAGCAGGCAUCAUCACGUUAUCAGGCAGUAGUCAUGGUGACUGCUGUGUGGUUCAUUUAAAACUACAACAUUAUUGUGUAUUACUGACAGACACCCGACGUUAUAGGAGUGCUGGCCCCAGUCCGUGUGAUGAGCGGCCUAGGCUGCCCCACAUACGUUAUAUAGGGUCGCUGUUAGACCCGGUCUGUACCAUGUGACCCAUAACAUGAUUACUGGCCCUGUCGUGUGAGCGUUGUGCUGUUACCUUGCUGUGUAAUAGAGUGUGAGCUUCCUGGGUUUGGGUAAUGGUUUGCGUGUUUAACUAAAAUGAAUUUGGCCUUUUUGUUUGUGUUGUUAUUGCCACAGAGGACUUUGUGUUUAGGGAAGCCCCAUGUGUCUCUGUAGUGGCGAUUUACUGCUUAAUUCAUGGACCUGCAUUUCUUUACUGGUUUGGAUUCUGAUAGUGGUGAUGGGGGUGCAGGAUUUUCUGGACAACAUUUGUUUCCAGGGGAUGAAGGUCCUUCCUAUUCUCUGGACUCUUCAGGCCUAUUGCCUACUCAACACAUGUUUGGAAUGUAUGGGCACAGCAAGUUUCCUGGAGGCAGCGACAGCUACCUUACCAUCACAGGGUCAGGACAUCCCUUCUUGACUGGAACAGAGACAUUUCAUACUCCCAGCCUAGGGGAUGAGGAGUUUGAGAUUCCCCCUAUAUCUCUAGAUUCUGAUCCUUCUCUGGCUGUCUCAGAUGUGGUUGGUCACUUUGAUGACCUUGGAGAUCCUACAGGAGUCCAAGAUGGAGGAUUUGCAGCGCAGUAUGGGGUACAGACUCUUGGCAUGCCAGUGGAAAUGACGCAUGAGGUGAUGGAGCAGGCUGGGGGACUACUUGGUGCUGGCUUAGCUAUGGAUUUGGAUCACCCCAUUGUUACCACAUACAGUGCCAACCCCCCAGUCACCAUAGACGUCUCAAUGACGGACAUUUCUUCUGGUCUUCUGGCUCACAGUCAGUUAACUACUAUUGACCAAUCAGAGCUGAGCUCUCAACUUGGCUUAAGCCUUGGCGGUGGUACUAUUUUGCCUCCAGUGCAGUCUCCUGAGGAUCACCUCUCCCCUACUGCCUCUCCAUCAAGCUCUCUACAUGAUGAAGACAUGGAAGACUUUAGAAGAAUAACUGCUCCUAAGAACAUUGUUGUGGAACAACCAAAGAAACCAAAAGCUUCCAAAAAAAGGAAGAAGAAAGAUCCUAAUGAGCCUCAGAAACCUCUAUCUGCAUAUGCUCUUUUUUUCCGGGACACCCAAGCCGCUAUAAAAGGGCAAAACCCCAACGCCACUUUUGGAGAAGUAUCCAAAAUCGUGGCCUCUAUGUGGGACAGUCUUGGUGAGGAGCAGAAGCAGGUGUACAAGAGAAAAACUGAAGCAGCCAAGAAGGAAUAUUUGAAAGCGUUAGCAUUGUACAAGGAAAACCAAAUGUCACAGGUGGUUGUUGAGACAUUGGAUUUGGACCCUCCUGCUGCACCAGCUGUAAUAUCGGAAUCUCCAGUUCAUUCGCCCACCGUUGUGACAGCCCCCAGCAUUCAGCAAUGUGUUACAUCCCCAACUAUUACUCAGGCACCAGUGCCAACUCCUGCAUCCAUCCAAGCAGUUGCUCCCCCUCAGCAAAGUAUUGCUAAAAUAAUAAUUUCCAAGCAGAUGCUACAAGCUGGGCAGAUCCCUACAUCCAUUGCCAUGUCGCAAGGCAUGGUGACAGUUAUCCCAGCCACUGUGGUGACGUCCAGAGGCCUACCCCUGCACCAAUUGCAGCCUAGCCCACAGGCACGAAUUACACGUUCAGUUUUACAAGCAGCAAUGCAACUUCCACCACGCCUACAGCCUCCUCCAUUACAGCAGAUGCAGCAACCCCCACGUCUACAACAGAUGGCCCCUGCACAGCAGCCUUCAAUCACCAUCCUACAGUCCCCUCCACCUUUACAGCCAAUGCAGAAAGUGCGACUCAGUUUGCAUCAACCUCCCCCAUUACAGAUAAAGAUUAUACCCCCUCCUCUUCAGCCCCAACCUCAGACUGUUCAAGUCCAAGCACAAACCAUUCCAAUCAUCAGUGUACCCACCUCACCAGAAGCACCUUCCUCACCUGAACAUCUGGAAGUACUGACCGAAGUAGUGCAAGAGGAGUCUCCCCCAACACAGAUGGAUGUGGAACUGGUGAGUGGUUCUCCUGCUCACAGCCCUUCUCCCCAGCCCCGAUGUGUACGUUCUGGAUGUGAGAAUCUCCCAAUAGAAAGCAAGGAUUGGGACAAUGAGUAUUGCAGCAAUGAGUGUGUAGUCAAACACUGCAGAGAUACUUUCUUGGCUUGGGUUGCAGCACGAAGUCAAGGAACACUUGCAUCUGUGAAAUAACCCCUGUUCCCCUAAAUAGGGGUGUGUUGCAGAAAACUAAGAGACUGAUAACUCACAAGGAAAAUGCCAAUACCUAGAGACAGAUUUUUAUUGACUACUCUGUAAAUAUUAUGUGAGCAAGGACUUCAUAAGAUGGGGCAAGCUUCAGCCACUUCUGUGCUGAGUGGUCAGCGAUGCAUUAGGAAGCAACAGUGAACAGCCUUGUUUGAAACCAAAUUCUAUUUUCCUCUCUUGACACUAUCGCAGUGAAUUGUUGUAUGGAAUUUGUGUAGUUGUACAGACCAAGAAAAGAAAGCUGUAUUAUCCUUUGUGGUAUACUGGAAAAGCAAAUUAUUUUGUAACAGCUUUUUUCUUUGGUUAUUUUAUAACCUAUAGCCAUCAGUGCAACAAUCAUGGAUAGAGGAUACAAUCAUUACAUCACCAAUCUUAGCCUUGUUUAUUGUCUUCUUGGUGCUGGCUUGUUAAUGUCUGAAAGCCUACUAAGAAUGUACUCUCACAAAGGAUUAAACGGCUAGUGAAGUAGUUAACAUUGAAGAUACAUAAAUCAAUGUGUAUGUUUAAUAAAAUCUAAAUGUGUUCUCAGUGAGAUAUUAGGAUAUUCAAAGGUAUGGCAUAAUUGUUCGUGUCUUAGUUAACCUUUUAUAUGCCUAAUUCACAAGAGGCCUAGUGAACAUCAUUUGACAUGAUAAACAGGUACCUUUUAUGUUGAGCUUGAUAUGCCUGUGCAAAUUAGUUACUUUUUAAGCUCAAAAUUAUUUUUAUUUUACCAUCGGCCUUUGUUUUAAUGGCAAUAUAAAUAUAUGGUUAAAAGUAGUCUGAUUCUGUGAUAUUACGGGGACAGCACAAGUGAUCUGUCCACCUCUUCUUCAUCCUCUACAAGGGCUUAUUAAGUUAUUCUCACAUGCACAUCCAGUCCAUCGUUUCAAUAGGCAGGUUAGAUUAUAACUGAAGUGUUUACAAGACGUGUUCAUGAGAGAAGGACCAGGCCAGAAAAUCGCAGAACAAGAGCUACAUUUUGUUCUUACAACCAUAUAUCUCUACAAGGCAGCAUAUGUCAAUUGCUGUAUAUACCUGGAAUACAUUUGGGAUGUAUUUUGAACCGGUCUUCCUAGCAAUUUAGGGCAUAUCAUGAAAAAAAAAAAAAAACCUGACUUUUAGAAGAGUUACUAAUAAUUUGCUGCUUUUUAUACACCAAUUCUGAUAUGUUAUUUUUGAGCGUAACAAUGUAUUUUGUGUGUUGCUCUGGGACAGAUUGGUGGUGAAUGGUAUCCAGACUCCAGGUCGACACCAAUUGGUCGACAUGAGUUUUUCACAGUUGUUGUUUUUUUUUUUUUUUUAACUUUUACAUACUUUACAAACCACAUGGACUACAGUUAUGAAUGGUAAGCACCUUGCCCGAAGCUGCGAGGGGACACGGUGCACUAAAUGGGGUUCCCGGUCACAGUACAGAGAAAACGACACCAUAACAAACUCAUGUCAACCUUUUUCCAUGUCGACUUAUUUCAGGUGUUGACCUUGAGUCCCAUACCUGUGGUGAAUAUGCUCUGCAUGGGCUAGGCAGAGUUUGAAUAAUUCUGUGCAUACUAUUUAAACAAACAUAUUUAUUAGAAAUAUUGUGCACACCCUGUGCAAAGCUUUUCUCAGAUGGCCCUUCCUCAAGGGAAGAAUGUGCUUCAUACAGUUAUAAACAGCGGUAUACAUUAGUUUGUUUUUUAUCUUUGGCAAGAGUAGAAGGUAAUAUGUCACCCAACUUCUUCUUCAACUAUUAAUAAUAGUCCAAUCUGAUGUGAAAGAUAAGUGGUAAACUUUAAACUAAUGCGUUUAUAGUAUUCACACUUUAGCAGGCUCUUGAAAAACAGCCGCUAAAGUGUCAGAAUUCAGGUCUGGCAUUAUAUCUGACUGUUAUAAUGAUCAAUGCACGUCACCUAUUGUAUAAAUAGUAUGACAUAUUACGGAUACUUAUAUGAAGAGAAAUUACUUGCCUUGUAGAGAUUUUGCACUCUUAUUUGUUUUACAACAUAUUAAAACACGGUGUAUUAAAAGGACAACAAGAGCUGUGAAUGGUUGGCCAUCAAUAAAUUAUUUUGGAAGACUGUU